UCUCCGAUGCAGCAUCUCAUGAGAGGGUGGUACGGCGGCAAGCCCCGGCUGACCCUGGACGCGGCAGUGCUGGAGCGCCAAGUGUCUGCGGACGAGGCGCUGCUCGAUCCGGUGCUGGGCCGCGACGGCGAGGCAGCGUCCCUGCCCCAACACAAAGACAGCCGGCAGCUAGCUGUCAACGUGCCGCUCAGCGACCGGCUGCCCUACCAGCGCACCCUCACUGAUCGGCGACACCCGGCGUGUGGUGAAGAGAUGUACGACGCUGAACUCCCGUCGGUGUCAGUGAUCAUCAUCUUCCACAACGAGCCGUACUCCAUGCUCCUGCGCACCAUCUGGUCCGUGGUCAACAGCGCCAAGCGGGACCGGCCCUGGUUCUCGCAAGCCAACUUUGAAGACGUCAGGACGGGCCGCAUGAUGGCCAUGGGUUACCCAGGCCAGGACCCCAGCUCGCAGCUGGUGUACCUGAAAGAGAUCAUCCUGGUGGACGACCACUCCACGCUGCCGGAGCUGAAGGAUAAGCUCAGCCACUACGUGCGCACGCGCCUGCCUCCACACCUCAUCCGCAUUAUACGACGGAAAAAUCGCAGGGGUGUAGUGCAGGCGAGGCUGGAGGGCGCGCGGGCCGCGAGCGGCGAGGUGCUGGUGUUCCUGGACGCGCACUGCGAGGCGCAGCCCGACUGGCUGCGGCCGCUGCUGCAGCGCAUACGGGACGACCCGCACGCCGUUGUCAUGCCCAUCAUCGACACCAUCAAUGAGACCAACUUCUUCUACAGCGCUCACCCUGAGCAGCUACAGGUGGGCGGGUUCACGUUCGUCGGCCACGUGACCUGGAUCGACGUCUCCGAGCGCGAGCAGCGGCGCCGCGGCCGCGCGACUGCGCCCACCUGGUCCCCAACGAUGGUGGGCGGGAUGUUCGCCAUCGAGCGCGAGUACUUCUGGCAGCUGGGCGGGUACGACGGGCUGAUGAUGGGCGUCGGAGGGGAGAACCUCGAGAUAUCCUUCCGCAUCUGGCAGUGCGGCGGUACUCUGGAAGUGAUCCCGUGCUCGCGAGUGGGCCACGUGUUCCCGCGCGCUGCGCCCGCGCCGGCACUCACCGGCGACUCACACGGCAUCAACACGGCUCGCAUGGCGGAGGUGUGGAUGGACGACUACAAGGAGCUGUUCUACCUGCACCGCCCCGACCUCAGGAACAAUCGGAAGGUGGGUGACGUGUCGCCCCGCCAGCGGCUGCGCGCGCAGCUGCAGUGUAACAGCUUCGAGUGGUACCUGCGACACGUGUACCCGGAGAAGUUCAUACCGGUGCGCGGGUUUGGAUACGGCAGGUUCCGUAACCCGGCCUCCGGUCUCUGCCUGGACACGAUGCAGCGCGAGGAGGAGGGCUCCCCGCUGGGAGUGUUCACGUGUCACGACACCAUGCAGACGUCGCAGUACCUGACGCUGACGUCCAGCGGGCAGCUGCGGGACGAGCUGCGGUGCAUCCAGCUGCAACCAUCAAAGACACCAACAAGCGGCAUUGUCGGGACCCUCGUCAUGAGCCGCUGCGACCCCAACGACUACAACCAGGUGUGGCGCUACACACACAACGAGCACUUGGUGCACGUGAAGACGGGGCUGUGUGUGGAGCUGCACCUGCGCGAUGCGGCGGACACGCCUACCGCGGAGCUGCGCGCGCGCCAUUGCCGCGAUAACGGCUCUGAGUACUCGCGGGCGCGGUCGCAGCAGCGCUGGACCAUCGACUACAGCGAGCGUAACGGCUUCGGACGCACAGGCGCCGUGUCAAAGAAUAACCCCAAAACGGUUUUGCGGAGCCGCACGUGGGGUGACGAGACCGGUCGGCACUGCCUCUCCCCGCCCGCCGAGGACCCGCACCAGUAUGACCCCACCUGCAGCAGCACUGACAGCAUCUACGAUCGCCGGCACGAAGCGUGCACGAAUGUCACAUACAAUAUGACGCUGCCGUCGGCGUCAGUGAUCAUCGUGUUCCACAAUGAGCGGUACUCCGAACUCCUGCGCACCAUCUCGUUCUUGGUCGACAGCGUCCUGCGGGACCAGCCCUGGUUCAGGCGAGUGCUCGACUCCAAGAAGAGUCGAAAUUGGAAUCCAGGAUACCCAGGCCAGGAUCCCACUUCACCGCUGGUGUACCUGAAGGAGAUCAUCCUGGUGGACGACAACUCCACGCUGACGGAGCUGAAGGACAAGCUCAGCCAGUACUUGCGCACGCGCCUGCCGCCCGACUUCAUACGGAUAGUCCGGCUGCCCGAACGCGUGGGCAAAGUGAACGGGCGCGUGGAGGGCGCGCGGGCAGCGACGGGGUCGGUGCUGGUGUUCCUGGAGGCGCGCUGCCGGGUCGGCGCCGACUGGCUGCGGCCGCUGCUGCAGCGCGUGCAGGACGCGCCGCACGCCGUCGUCGCGCCUGUUGUCGCCCCCGAGGAUAUGAGCGCCGAUGACAACGACGUCGAUGAUGAUAUCAAGGUGGGGGGGUUCACAUUCGACGGAAAGCUGACGUGGAUCCCGGUGUCGCAGCGAGAGCAGAAGCGGCGCGGCCACGUGAUCGCGCCCACCUGGUCCCCGACGCUGGCGGGCGGCAUGUUCGCCGUCGGGCGGGAGUAUUUCUGGCAGCUGGGCGGGUACGACCCGCUCCUCGACCGCCACAUGGCGGCGCACCUCGAGCUCUCCUUCCGGAUCUGGCAGUGCGGCGGCACGCUGGAGGUCAUCCCGUGCUCCCGCGUGACGCACCGGCCUCGCUUCUACGAAGUGGGCCAGAGCACUGCGCUCGUGGCGGAGCUGUGGAUGGACGAGUACAAGGAGCUGUUCUACCUGCGCCGCCCCGACCUCAGGAACAUAUCGAAGGUGGGCGACGUGUCGUCCCGCCAGCGGCUGCGCGCGCAGCUGCAGUGUAACAGCUUCGAGUGGUACCUGCGACACGUGUACCCGGAGAAGUUCAUUUUCUUGUACAACGCCGUCGGCUACGGCAGGUAA